AUGACAACGAUUGUUGUUGUUUCAGUUGUUGCAAUAACUCUUGGUGUUGUUUUAAGUAAAGAUAGUUCUUCAGGAAGUAAUACAACAAAUGGUGGUGCGGAUAACAAUAACAACCAACCCAAUGACAAUAAUAAUGACAACAAUGACAACAACAAUGGCGGGGAUGAAAGUCCGACCUUGAAAGGAUAUGUUUUGAAUAACAAAUACAUGUCAAAUGAAAUGGAUACAUCUGAAAUUUUGAGUCAAAAGGCGUUCAGUGGAAACAAGCCACAAAUUAUGGCUUUUAAAUACAAAAAAUAUCCACACUACAAAAGCACAGACACCUUCACACAAGAAGAAAAACAGAACAUUGUCACUGAAAACACUCAAAUUUGGCAAAACGUCAUUUCUUCAAUAAAAGCAGGGACUUUUGGUCGGAUGGAUCCAGCUUUAGGUGGUGAAAUGCAAUUUGAAGCCGAAUCUGUAAAUUGGUCUGCUCCUCGUCUUAAAGUUCGAUAUGGGGUCAAUCCUGUGUUGUAUGGAAUGCGUUUAGUCGCUUACAAUUUUCCUGGAGAAGUUUUCACUAUAACAGUUCCUGCUGGUACUAAUAUCCAAAAUGGUCCUGUUAAGAUAUGUAUUGGGAAGUGCAACUCAGAAGUUGCUUUCCAGUACUUAGAUGCUUCUUCGUUCAACAAUCAGCGUAUGCCAAAAGACUCCUAUGUGUUCUACUUGAAUCAAAUCGACUUAGAUGCAAACAGGCAAUAUAAACUUGGCUCGCCAUUUGGCGGAGGAAUUUUCGUGUGGACUUCUGAGGAUAUAUUGGAUUGGGAUCCAUUCUACUUAGAGUUUGAUAAUGUUGGUCAAGCACCCAUUAUUAAUUAUGGAGUGACUACAAAUGAACAGUGGAAAACAUUAAAGAAUGCACCAGGUACUGUUUCUGAAAUUAGGACUCCAGGUGUCAGAGUUGUCUCAACGAGCAGAAAUAUAAGAAAUGUAGAAGACGCAGAAUUUGUCCAAAAUUGGUGGCACAAGUCCAUUUCUAGCUCAAGUUAUCUGGGAGAGACUUACACAACAAUGCCAAUCACUUUAAUAUUCGACGAACGGAUUGAUGUCGGUGCGGCUGACUCUUAUGUAGGUUCUUGGUUCUCCCAAUUACCACCUUCAUGGGCUGCAGGUGUAAUGAAUAAGGUGAAUAUGAUUGGGUCGACAAAUUGGGGCACUUUGCAUGAAUUGAAUCAUCAUAUGGAAGGUGCGACGUUACGAGGAGGAUUAUGGGGUUUUGGUGUUGACGAGACGAAUACCAAUGUGAUGCUCUCUAUGUUCCACAAUGAUUAUUCUAAUAUAGCAUCAAGAAGACAUAAGGGGUUAACUGGCACUGAUUACGUUGUUGAUGGAUAUUAUAUGAUGAAUCCAGUCUUUAAUGGCAAUAACAAAGACAAUUUAAGAUGUUACUUGGCUCCACUAUUUGAGUUUGGUACGAUUGGUAUAGGGAGAAUGAUUAACAACUAUUAUCACAUGUUUUAUGAUGAAUUGUAUGGAACCAAAUUUGGGAAAGCACGAACAGAUACUGGAAUUUACUGUUUGUUACUUGCAAGAGCACUUGAGAGAGACACUCAAUACUACUGUAAAUUGUUUGGAAAGGCUAUUGAUGCCAAUAUUGUGACUUAUAUGAAAACAUUCAAAUACAAAACCUUCUAUCCAUUUUAUAAUGUGUACGCACACACACAAAAUGGUAAUAAAUUUGGAAGACCGUAUACUAUCCCACAUAACACACAGACUCGACUUGACUUUGUGAAAUUUACUGCAUAUGAUAAAACGGCUAAAAACCUCAAAUUUGAGUUGCUUGAUGGACUUAAAAAGGGAAAACUUGUUGAAAUUUCGAACGGUGUUUUCGACUACACUCCUUCAUUUGCACUGAACGAGACUGACUAUUUUAAAAUGAAAUUCACAUGCACC